AUGGACAUCCCUGCCGUUCAACAAGCCUGGCAAGUCGUCGCGCGCGGCACCCCGCGCAAGGCACUCGUGCACGUCCACGAUCUCCUCGUUCCCAGUGAACUGAAUCAGGGCGACGUCCUUGUCAAAGUCCAAGCCGCCGCCGUCAACCCCGUAGGGUACAACAUUAUGCGCCUGGUUCCCAAUCUUUUCGCGGGGAGGCCAGCCGUGGCUGAGUACGACUUUUCGGGCAUCGUCAUGGGUGCGAACGGGUCGCACUGGUCAAACGGAGACGCCGUCUAUGGGAUGAUACGUCCUUUCGACGCAUUCAGAUCUCGCCAAGGCGCUCUUUCCCAAUACACCAUCGCCGACUCGUCUCUGCUCUCCCCACGCCCAUAUCUGCCUACCACGACCCCCACAAAAGCUGCCGGCAUCGCCGCCGUCGCGGUCACGGCCUACGAAUGCCUCUUCGACGUCGCAUGCUUCGAGCCCGGCCAGGCUCUCUUUGUUAACGGCGGCAGCACCGCCGUCGGCGCGUACGCAAUUCAGUUUGCGAAGGCCGUCGGCGCGCGACGCGUCGUCGCGAGCGCUUCUGGGAAGAACAGGGACUACGUGCUCGGGGCCUCGGGCUCGGCGCGGUUCAUAGACUACACAGCGACCGAUAUCGCCACAGCGCUUGCCGCGAACCCGCCUGCGGGGCGCCUCAACGUCGUCUUCGACGCCGCCGGUCUCACAGACAGCUCGCUCUACGCCAAGAGUCCCGCGUAUCUUGCGCCUGGCGGCACGUUCGUCACGGUCGGCCCGCAGCCGACGUCCUGGCGGGAUGUCCCGAGGCUGUGCAUGCUCAUGUUCCACCUUGUGCGUCCAGUGUGGCUAGGAGGUGUAGAUCGAAAGUGGAAGACGACAUCAGCGGACCCGAAGAAAGAAACUAUGGAGGCCAUACAUCCUUUCAUUGCAGAAGGCAGAGUCAUCCCGCCCGUAGACUCUGUGUAUGCAUUCGACGACGUAUUCACCGCCUACGACCGCUUGAUGUCGAGGCGUGCGACGGGCAAGGUCGUGGUCAAGGUAGAUCCCACUGUCGACUAA